AUGAAUUUAUUUAAGCAAAAACAAAACGUAACAAAUUCUAUAUCUCAUGUUUUAAUAAACAAGCAAAAGGGAAAAUCGCCUGAACCAAUAAUAACAAUAAGACAGCUAGAAGAGAAAGAUAUAAAUGAAGUAAGGCAGUUAUUAUAUGAUCAUUUUAACUCUUUAACAUUACCAGCAGUUAUAUAUUGGUCAAUACAACAUAUUUAUGAUUUGUUGGUAAUAAUUGUUAUAAAUUAUAUCUUUUUUCUAGAUUUAAAAAAAAUUUUUUAUUUUCUUAUUAUAUUCUUAAUAUAUUUAUAUAUAAGGGCUAAGUUAGAGUUUUUAAAUCAUAUAAGAAAAGAUUGCCCAGAUUUAGAAAAUUUAUAUAAAAGUUAUAUUAACGUAGAAGGAUGUAAUUUUUGGGUAGCAGAAGUUUAUGAUAGUAAUUAUGGUUCAGGUAGUAGAACUACAUGUAGCGAUAUUCAUGAGAGAGAAAAAGUUAUGUUUGAGCAAGAAGAUGAACAAGGAAAAUUGUUAAAUAAUGAAAAAGGUGGUAAUUUAAAUGAAAAAAAUGAUGCUUGUGAAAAUAUUGAAGCAUCUAAAGAUUUCAAUGAAUUAGUUAAUAAUAAUUUAAAUAAAGAUUUUAAAAAUAAGUCUAACAUUAAUAAUAAUGAAAUAGAAGAACAACAUAAAAAUGUAAAUAAUUCUAAAAAGAAUAAUACAGAAGAAAAUAUAAGUGAUAAUAAAAAUGAUACAGUUAAUAAUAUGAAUAAUAUAGAAAAUAAUAUAAAUAAUUUUUUAAAUAAAGGAGAAAACGUUAAUAAUAAUAAAAAUACAAAUUUUGAAAUAAAUAAUAAGUCACAUUCUGAAAAUUAUGUAUUAGAUUAUGAUAAAAAAAAUAACAUAAAUAUUUGCAAAAAUGACAAUAUAAAAGAUCAUAUAAACAAUGAUUUAGUUAAAGAUAUAUACAAUAAUAUAGGGGCUGAGGUUAAUAAUCAAUCUAAGUGUAAUAAUAAUUCUAAUAAUUAUGAUAAAUCGAAUAUAAAAGAAAAUAAUGAUAAUGUAUUAAAUAAGUAUGAUAAUUUAAAUAACAUGCUACACUCAAAAAAUUCAAUUUAUAAAAAUGAUGAAGAUGUAAAUCGGAAUAUUCAUGGUAAUUUUGAAAAUGCAAAUAAUAAUAAAUAUGAAUUGAAAGAAAAUAUAAAAGAAAAUUAUAUAAUUAAUUCUAAUGAUAAAGAAGAAAAAAAUAAUAAUGAAACUAAUGAUAAUAAUGGUUGUAAUAAUAAUAAUACAAAAACUUUUCAUAUUAAUGAUGAAAAUAAAAAUAACAAUAAUAAUGAACGCAAUUUAAAUGAGGUAAAUAAUCUUAAAAAUAAAAUUGAGUUAAAAGAUAAUAAUGAAAAAAGUGAUGUAACAUUUUUGAAAAAUGAUAAUUUAAAUAAUGGAAAAAGUAAAAUGCUAUGUGAUAUACGUGAUUUUAGCAAAAAACAGUUAAUCGUAAAUAAAAGAAAUGUACAAUCUGGAUUAAAUGAAAUUAAAAAAAAAAUUUUAAAUAAUAAAAUAAAUGAAGAUGAAGAUUUUAAUCUUCGAUUUUUAAAUAAAAAAAUAGUUGGAUGUGUUGGAAUUGUUCCUUUUAAAGGAGAUAAUUCUAUUGCUCAAUUAGUUCGCAUGGUCGUAAAAAAAGAUAAUAGAAGAAUGAGAAUAGGAAGUAGACUAUUAACACAAUUAGAGAAUUUCGCCCAUGAACAAAAUUAUCAAGAACUAAAAGUGUUCACAAAUAAUUUAAAUACUGAUAGUUUAUAUUUUGUUAAGCAAAAUGGCUUUAAUUUGUCACAAAUUGUUAGAAGAGGAUUAAUGAGAGGGGAUUUAUUAAUAUGGUCAAAAAUUCUUAAUAAAGAUGAUUUUUAUAAAUUUAAUUCACCAGAUAUACAGAGUUAUACUAACAACAUAUUAGAUUGA